AUGACACGGGAUGAGCUGGACCAAGAGGAGGUCAGAAAGCAGGUGGCCAAGGAGCAAGCCUCCGCCCCGAAGCUCCUUGCUGGCCUGGCGGCGCUGCAGGCCACCAGGAGGGGGUGGGGGUCCGGUGAUACGAAGAUCCGUGCUUCACUGCUGCCCUCCGAAAAGGGUACCCCCCCUGAACCCCGAGACCUGAACCCGAGGUUUUUGCGGCUUCCGGGGAAGGUGGCUUUGGGAGUGGCUUUGAGCUACGCCGGAUCUUUUUGGUAA